UGUGUGUGUGUGUGUGUGUGUGUGUGUUUAUGUGACUCCCACUGGGAGUCUAAUUUCUCACAGUGAAAGCUGGAAAGGUGAAGCGGCUUUACGCACAAACUCCUCUCCAUCCGGCGCCAGCGAUCGGAAUACGUGGAAGUGAGAAAGACUGUGCGGGUGGGAUGGCAGAGGAAAGCCUCAGCGAUUCCUUUCCGGAGCUGAAAGAGGUGGAAAAUAAGCUUGGGAGGAAGACACCGGAGAGCCUUCUGAUCUGGAUGAGAGAUGCUGCGGACUGCGAGGACGGUUGGACGUCUGAUGAGGUCGACAGGGGAGACCAGAGCUCUGCCUUCAGCGGGAGCUUUUCUGACAAAAUCAGCAGCUUAAAACAAGAGAUGAGGUGGCUGCGUUCUGCCGACGUAAGGAUCCUGCGCCAGCUGGUCGCCGUGCACGAGGGCAUCGAGGCCAUGCGUUGGCUGAUGGAGGAGCGGGGAGCCUUAGUCAGUCGAGGCAGCAGCUUGACAGGCAGCCUUAGCAGCCUGGUCACUGUGGAGGAGCCCGGGCCCUCAGUGACCCCCUGCAGGGAAAGCCCGAGUCCAACCUGCCCUCAGGAUUUGACUGAAACCACCAUUGGUGGGGAAUCAGCAGAUCAACGAUCACCACACACUGAUGAUGACGAUAUAAACCACAAGAGCUACUUUGACGUGCUGAACCCCAGGCCUACUGAUGUGAGACCUUCCAGUCCUUCCAACCCCACGUUGGAAGUCAGUGGUCUCACACAUGGCAAGCAUGGUCUGGCAUCAUCUAAUCCAGCAGACAGUAUGGCAAGUGCCAGUUUACAAACGCCACAACUACCGGACUUGGACGCAGAUCCAUUACAAGACUUCAAAGUCGAUGCUGGUACCAUCAAAAGAGCUCUGCUCAGAGCUAGCAGGGCAAGAAAAGAAGUGGAUCCCGGUACUUUCACCCUCACUCAAGAGUCGGGGGAGACACAGACAGAGCACGGUCUGCCUCAGGAGAGUUUCAAAGCCUCUGAGAACUAUGGGAUGGAUGAGGAAGAGAGUGCACAUAAUAGAGAGAAGGUUUUGCUGGGGUAUGACGCUCAGUGGUGCUGGGUGGAGUCACAGGACGAUGUGACGUUUUUAUGAUCUCCUGUAAGCACAAAUGAAGCUGUUGCACCUCAACGGCUACUGCCAGUAAUGCAGUGGGAUUUACCAUGCACUUUGACACUUAGUGUGUCAUGUUAGAAUAGGGAAGAUGCUUUAAGAUGAAUGUGUCACCAUUAGACUGACUGUCAGUGAUUUUGUUUGGAAUGUACACUGUUUAAUUAUGUUUUUCUGUUAUCAAUGUGUAUUUCAUGAGUCCCAAAGCUCCACAAUUAUUCUUUCUUUGAAAGAAAUGAUACAAACCUCGAUUCAUGGUUGAAAAGUGGUCUACACACAGGGGAUUUGAUUUUUAGUACAUAUACAGGAUGCUGAGUAAGAACUUCUUCCUUUCAUUGUAUGAAAGAAAAUACAGUUAUUGACAAGUACAGCAGUUAAUUAUUUCACAUGCUUAUUUCCUCAUAUAUUGUCCAGUCUUGUUGAAAUCUUUCACAUUUGAGUUCAUAUGGUUAUGACACAUUAAGAUACAGUAAGGAUUUUCAAGGUGGUGCCUUUAAAUUGUUAUGCAAUGAUGAGCCUAAUAUAUCUUUUGGUAAUAAACAAGACAAAAAUUACUUUAGUGAUGGAUUUGCUUGUUUUUCUCAAUCCAAACAGCAGAAAAGUUU